CGGAGGCGGAGAUGGACCUGGACUUCUCGCGCGGCGGCGUAGUGCCCUGCUUCGAGUUCGCGUUCAAUUCGGCCAACUUCUCUGACAGAGUGCUGCGGAUAGAGAUCGUCGCCUGCGACAAUGUGCCUGGGUACAGCGGAGACAUCGGCGGAGGAUCCAUUGGCGACCUCCGAGAGGACAAAGGUAAUGAAGGACAGAGUGUUGACUCUUCCGCGAUGAUUCCUUGCACACAAGUUUUACGAGAAAAGACCAUCUAUGCCAAUUCAGCGAUUCUUGCUUCAAGAAGUCCUUUCUUUCUAAAGCUUUUCUCAAAUGGCAUGAAAGAAUCUGAUCAGACGCAUCCAACAUUAAGGAUUGCUGAUUCAGAGGAAAAUGGCCUUAUGGAGCUUUUAAGCUAUAUGUACAGGGGAAAAUUGACUACAAAAGAGCCCACUGUUCUGCUCGACGUCUUGAUGGCUGCAGACAAAUUUGAGGUUCUUUCUUGCAUGAGGCAUUCCAGUCAGCUGCUCACAAGCUUGCCUAUGACCACAGAAUCUGCACUGCUCUACAUAGAACAUCCUUGCUCGACUUCAUUAGCUGCUGACGUCCAGCGUGUGAUAGGUGUAGCCAAGGAAUUCCUUGCCAACAAGUACAAGGAUUUUGAUGAGUUUGAAGAUGAACUGAUGAACAUCUCUCUUGCUGGGAUCGAAGCUAUCUUUUCAAGUAGUGACAUAUGCGUAGAAACUGAAGAUGACUUGUACUUCUUCAUGGUCGACUGGGCCCGUGCGCGGUAUCCAGAAUUGGAGGAAAGACGCAAGAUCUUGAGUUCUCGUUUACUUCCGCUGGUACGCUUUAGUCAUAUGACAUGUGAGACACUUCGGAAGAUCCUAGCGUGCACUGAUAAUGACAUAGACCAUGAGCAUGUAAAUAAGCGUAUCACUGAGGCACUUCUACACAUAGCUUAUCCAACAGAGGUGGAAGGCGCUCUUGCAGCAGAAGUAAGAGCUUACAUUCGCAAACCUGUGAGAGUGGUUGCGAUUGAUGGACCCUGCCCACAUGUUAUAGUUUACUUGGAUCUAACAAGCAAGGAGUGCUCCAAACUCUUACCGUCAAAAGGAAUGUUCCUAUUCUCGCAUCCAUUCUAUCUCGCAGGGCAGGAAUUCAAUCUCGUGGGAGGCCGUGAACGGGGCGAGGCCAGUAACUCCUGCGGCUUUGGCCUCUACUUGCAGAUGCAAUGGGAUCCUGAGUGCUCAAAGCCUAUCACAUUAGACUGUGAGUUUGCUGCCAAGAGAAAAUCAUCAGGGAAAUUCGUCAUGUUGUGUAACGACGAGCUCACCUUCGACGGUGAAUGGGUGCAUGGAUACAAUGAUGUGUUUGAGAUGCCAUGGUUGGAGUUCAUUGCUGAUAACGACCUUUUCAUCAACGGCGUGCUGCAUCUGAGAGCCGAUGUGGCAGUGGUGGGGCAGCCGAAGUUGCAGACUUGA